CUUGUCGCAGCGGUCUGGCUUUUCCGGCCGGCGUGUCCCCAGCGGCGCCGCUCAGCGGGCCAGGCUGUCGCUCCGCUCAGGGCCUGAAUAAGUUCCCGCGGCGGUCGUUCAAAAGUUACUUCCGGAGGGGAGUUUGAGCCCCCCGGGAGGCGGAGGGCCUCGCCUGGUGCAGCCCUGCGCUGUCGUGCGGAGGCUGGACCAGAACCCAGGGCUCCUCAUGGCCUGGUCCGGGCCUUUCCUCCCACGGGUGGAGCAGUAGGAGAACCCUGAGCUCCAGAUUGGCUCUGAAGAGUGGCGAGUCAGAAGAGACAUCAGGCAGCCAGCAACUUGGGCCAUGGCCUCUGACCUAGACUUCUCACCUCCGGAGGUGCCCGAGCCCACUUUCCUGGAGAACUUGCUACGGUACGGACUCUUCCUGGGAGCCAUCUUCCAGCUCAUCUGUGUGCUGGCCAUCAUCGUACCCAUUCCCAAGUCCCACGAGGCGGAGGCCGAACCGUCUGAGCCCAGAAGUGCUGAGGUGACGAGGAAGCCCAAGGCUGCUGUUCCUUCUGUGAACAAGAGGCCCAAGAAAGAGACUAAGAAGAAGCGGUAGAAGAGGAGGCCCGAGGAGCUGGGCAGGCAGGGAGAGGGUCUUGGGGACAGCCCUCCUGGGAAUCUACAUCCUGUUCCCCCCCAUCCCAGGCUCAGGGUCUGAGGAGGCUGUGACGCCCUCGGACCACAGAGAUCUAGACAGUCAUGACAGUCCCUAGGCUCCAGCUCGGCAAUCCAUCACUUUCUCUUCCUUCUGCUUCUGUGACGGUUUAUAGUCAAGGGGACUGAAACUGUGAGCAUAGACUGUAUUAGGUUUGUUCAGAAGCCAGUUCAGCUCACAGAGUCACAUUUUCUUAAUUAGUCAUGUGUCCAUCCUUGAGUCGCCCCCUCCUUGUGGGUUUACACUACAUUUUGGAGUCAUUAUCUAAUGCUGACAAGCACACCCUCUCCCAUUAUUUGUGUACUGCAAAUCUCCUGCUAAUCAGUCACUUUUGUUGCUGCUGUGUAGACAGAGCCAGACCUCACCUGUUUGUUUAGGCCAAGAUGCCAUGGCCAUGCAAUGUUAGUGAUCCCACUAGCUGCGACAGCCAGGCCCAGAAAAUGCCUGGCGUGAGAGCCAGCAGACGGCCAGGACAGGGUAGGCAGUGCCUGCUUCUGCUCCAUCAGGUGCAGGGUAUUUGGCUGAAGGUGUGCAUAUUUCCUGGGCACAAACUUCCUGAGCCUCUGAAAUGGGAGGCUCAUCAAUUUCAGACCAACCUCUUUUCAACCCAUCAUAGCACAUUCAAGGUGUGCCUUUUACUUCUACUUGUACAUCCCCCAUCCCUUCAGUUCUUUCAUUCCCUGACCAGUGAGCGAGUUCCUGGGGGAAGUGUGAAUAAAGUGACAUGCAAGCUUCAGAA